UUCAUUAAUUCACUUUUUCAUUCAAUUCCAAUUUCCAAACAACUCUCUUCUCUUGCACAAUACCACCCACUGCGCGCGUGCAAAUCGAUUCCGCUUUCUUCACUCAUCACACAUACACUUUCUACUAAAUCUCUCUCUCCCUUACUGCAAAUAAAAUUUGCUUGUUUGUUCCUCUCGCUUUCAGUUAAGAGAAGAGCAUCAAUGGGGUUUCCCAGUUCUUCGUUUUCUCUCUCUCUACUUCUCAUCUUCGGUUUUCUCUUCUCCUCUUCUCUAUCUCUCCCUUUCCUCUUCCUCGCUAACGAUUCUUCUACCUCCUUUAACAAUGGCGAUGUUAAUCUCACUGUAGUUAACAAUACUAGAAACUCUAGUAGUAGUUUUGCCGACAUGUUCGAUCGCGCUUUGGAGAAAGAAUUCACUGAAAAUGAUCAAACUGAAGCUACUGAUUCUGGGAGUUUUAACAACAGUGUUGCAGGACAACAGGCUGUUUUGGAGACAGUUGCUAGAGUGAAGCCGAAGAAAAAUGAAACCAAAGAGGACAACAGGUCUUUUCAGCUUCAUCAUGUUUUUAAUUUGGAUAAUGAGAACGGUGCUGAGGAUACUCCUACUCUGAUCGAUAGAAAGGAUAAUGUCUUCAUUAUUUCCAAUCCAAAAUCAAAGUAUCCUAUGCUGCAGCUAGACCUGAGAUUGAUAUCAGAGCUAGUUGUUGUGAUUGUCUCUGCAACUUGUGGUGGCAUUGCAUUUGCGUGUGCUGGACAACCGGUCAUCACUGGUUAUCUAUUGGCAGGAUCUAUUAUUGGACCUGGGGGCUUCAGUUUCGUAACUGAAAUGGUGCAGGUUGAGACAGUGGCUCAAUUUGGUGUAAUUUUUCUCUUAUUUGCUCUGGGCUUGGAGUUCUCUGCAGCCAAGUUGCGCGUGGUUCGGGCUGUGGCUAUUUUGGGGGGCGUAUCCCAAAUUUUCCUGUUCAUGUUUCUCUGUGGAGUAACUGCAUCUUUAUGUGGUGCUAAAACUUCUGAAGGCGUUUUUGUUGGCUUAUUCCUGUCAAUGUCAUCUACAGCUGUGGUCUUGAAGUUUCUGAUGGAAAAAAAUAGUGUCAAUGCCCUACAUGGUCAAGUCACUAUUGGCACCCUGAUUUUGCAGGACUGUACGGUGGGUUUGCUCUUUGCUUUCUUACCAGUACUUGGUGGUACCUCCGGUGUUCUUCAGGGUGUUAUUUCCAUGUCAAAAUCGUUACUCACUUUGAUCUCCUUCUUGGCCAUUUUGUCAAUAUUGACUCGAACUCUUGUACCACGGUUCCUUAAGUUGAUGAUAAGUCUUUCCUCUCAAACAAAUGAACUUUAUCAACUGGCAUCCGUGGCUUUCUGCUUGCUUGUGGCCUGGUGUAGCGAUAAGCUUGGUCUAAGUCUUGAACUUGGAUCCUUUGCUGCUGGAGUUAUGAUUUCAACUACUGAUCUUGCUCAGCAUACACUUGAACAGAUUGAGCCUAUACGAAACUUCUUUGCUGCUCUUUUUCUCGCAAGCAUUGGGAUGCUGAUUCAUGUUCAUUUUCUCUGGAAUCAUGUUGAUAUCUUGCUGGCAGCUGUCAUAUUAGUGAUUAUCAUAAAAACUAUCGUGGUUGCUAUAGUAGUCAAAGCAUUUGGUUACAAUAACAAAACUUCGCUUCUUGUUGGGAUGUCCUUGGCGCAAAUUGGAGAAUUUGCUUUUGUUCUUCUUAGCCGUGCUUCUAAUUUGCAUCUUGUUGGGGGAAAAGUUUAUUUACUGUUGCUUGGCACAACAGCUCUGAGUUUGGUGACGACGCCUUUACUUUUCAAGUUGAUACCUGCUGUUGUUCAUCUUGGAGUGUUGUUACGAUGGUUUUCUCCAGACAGCUCUAGUGAGAUUGGAUUUAAAGGUGAUAACCUUCGCUCAGACAGUGUUAAGCGUAUUGCUUUGAUCGUUCAAGGGUCUCAUGAUUCAUGAUAGUUGUAAAAAAUAACUUGAACCAGAAAAAGCAAAUUUCGGGUAUUACCUGAUCGGCUUCUUCCUCUCCUCUGAGGGACAGGUGGCUAAGAGUGCGAAGGAGGUUGACUAGCAAUCAAGACCUUACCACGCUGUUCUGAUUUUGAUGUAUACAAGAUGUCUGACAAAAUGCGAAGUGAAUUUCGUGGCAAGUGAAGAACGGAAAUUGUACAGACAAACGAUUUCAUUUGCCAAAAUUUUACCUCGGCUGAUCGUGUUUGCCAAUGACGUGCAUAAUUUUUUGUAUAAUUAGUGUUCAUUUUUGUAAUGUAAUUCAUUUUAUUUUUGUUUCUAAAUUUCAAUCCCAAUUGGAAUCUUCAGUUUAGGGGAAUCUAUGAUGCAACUAUAGGAAUGAAUAUUAAUUGUAUAAUCUGAGUACUUAUUGUCUUUGAGUGAUCCACAAAACAUAAUCUGAAGAAUGAUUUCCAGAAAUCAGCUUAAAA